CCCUACUAGCUGAAAGCCUGAAACAAGCAAAGCAAUAUCAAACCAGGCCAACUGCUGCUCCCCAAAGGCCUUUAAUUCCCCCCAAUUCUUCACCCAUCGGCCGUUUGCCAGAUUUCCGCCAUGCAUUAAUUCCCCCUUGGGAACCCUAAUCCCUCAAAUCUCCACAUCCCUCAAAGAUUCCGGUAGCGACGCCUCCACUCUCCUCCCUCUGCCCAUCUACUUCCUCCGGCUCGAUUGGAUCUGGGUUCCGUCUUGUUUUUACCGACUGCCCGCUCAGUUCCUUCGGUCCGUCGGAGACGGAAAGUUCGCGUCUUUUAGCCUUUCCUUUGGGUCUCUCCAGAUCCCUGCAACUAUUAUUUAUCUUUUCAAUUUAGGGUUGCUAUCUGAAAUUAGUGGGGUUCAGGGGGUCUGGUUUUAGUUGGCGACUUGAGGCAGCUCUGCGUUUGACUUGACUUUUUGCUGGGGUUCGAGGGAAUUGUUUGGUGUUCUCUUUGCACGCCAUUGAUUUCCUCUGUUGAAGUAUUCGGAUUGGAGAAGGAAGGCGGGAACGGUUUUGGUGGGAAUAAAAAGGCCGGGGAUUGGGAGCAGCCAAUGCUAUACCUUCUGAAUUGGCAUUCAACGAAUUUUUCGGUGUGUUAUUUUUUGCCGUGCCGAAAAGUCUGAAGCUUUAGCUAUAUCAAUGUCGUGGGCAGGGCCAGAAGAUAUCUACCUCUCUACUUCUCUCGCCAGUUAUCUUGAUAAAAAGCUUCUCGUGCUUCUGCGAGAUGGCCGUAAACUUAUGGGAAUACUUCGCUCUUUUGAUCAAUUCGCAAAUGCUGUUCUUGAGGGGGCAUGCGAAAGAGUAAUUGUUGGGGAACUUUACUGUGACAUUCCAUUAGGUCUCUAUGUAAUUCGGGGCGAGAAUGUUGUUUUAAUUGGAGAGCUGGAUUUGGAAAGGGAGGAGCUUCCUCCACACAUGACUUGUGUUUCAGCAGCAGAAAUUAGGAGGGUGAGUAUUUGUUCCUCUUCCUCUGUAUCUACUUGCUUCUAUUAUGCUUAGGUUUGGUGAUGUAGAUAGGCUCUAGCUUGAGUUUCGUUGAAUAGGUGACUACCAUCUCGAAUCUAGAUGUCUGUCUCCUAUGCUGUAGAGAAUCACCAUUUUUGGUUUAGUGACUCUAUGCCCUUGCGACUCUGUUCAGAACUCUAACAAUUUAGGUUAUAGGAAUCCAGAGCGAGAGGGUGUGACUUUAAUACCAUAAUCAAGGAACUAGCACAAGCUAUCCCGUACAUGUACGGAUAUCAUUUGUUGUGGGAAAAAGAGGUUUACUAAUGUGGCACUUCAGAAUUUGACUUAUCUAAGUCUUACAUGUGCGUGUUCAGCUUACCGAAGACUUGGGUGAUGGUGUUACUCGCAUUGUCCUGAACUUAAACAGCCCCCUAUUAAAGUUGCGGUUUUCAUAAAUGUCUGGCAGGCCCAGAAAGCAGAAAGGGAAGCAUCGGAUCUGAAGGGCACAAUGAGAAAGAGAAUGGAGUUUCUCGAUCUGGAUUAGCAGCAGCAGCAGCAGCAGCAGUUAGCAUGAAAGGUUGCACGAAAAAAAAAACAAGUCCGAGAACCAGCUAAUAUGGUCUGCACGUAUUUUAUAGCGGUCCAUGGAUGGUUUUGAAUGUAGGUGUGGUGGUCGUAUUUGUUAGAUCAGUCCUUUCUGCAUCUCUUCUCUUCCCUUCUUUUUGUCUUAUCAUCGUCUUAAGGUAGUUUCGAUUGUAACAUUUGUUCAGAACCUUGUAUCCUAAAAUUUGAUCCAAGUGCUUUGUUCUUCACAUUUCAGUUUCAUUCUGCUUUCUUCUGCCCCUUAUUUUGUUGGGCCUAAAGCAUGGGCUGGCUCUGAGUAAAAAGUGGACCAAAACUCACUCAUCUAAACA